AUGUCGGGCCGCGGCAAGGGCAAGUCGGGCAAGAAGCCGGUGUCCCGCAGCUCCAAGGCCGGGCUGCAGUUCCCCGUGGGCCGUAUCGCCCGCUACCUGAAGAAAGGCCGGUACGCCACCCGUGUCGGUGCAGGCGCGCCCGUCUACCUGGCCGCCGUGCUUGAGUACCUCGCCGCCGAGGUGCUGGAGCUGUCGGGCAACGCCGCGCGCGACAACAAGAAGAACCGCAUCACCAAGGGCAAGAAGGGCAAGGACGAGGCCGAGUAA